AUGGCCACUUCCUGGGGCGCAGUCUUCUUCACGCUGCUGGUGUCCUGUGUUUGCGGCACUGUCUUCCACAGAGACCAGCUGACUUGGUUUGAGGGCGUCUUCCUGUCAUCCAUGUGCCCCAUCAACGUUAGUGCCAGCACCUUAUAUGGAAUUAUGUUUGAUGCAGGGAGCACUGGAACUCGGAUUCAUGUUUAUACCUUUGUGCAGAAAAUACCAGGACAGCCUCCAAUUCUGGAAGGGGAAAUUUUUGAAUCUGUGAAGCCAGGACUUUCUGCUUUUGUAGAUCAACCUAAGCAAGGUGCUGAGACUGUUCAAGGACUGUUAGACUUGGCAAAAGACUCAAUCCCCCGAAGUCACUGGAAAAGGACCCCUGUAGUCCUGAAGGCAACAGCAGGACUCCGCUUACUACCAGAACACAAAGCUGAGACUCUGCUCUUUGAGGUAAGAGAAGUCUUCAAGAAGUCACCUUUCCUGGUACCCGAUGACAGUGUUAGCAUCAUGGAUGGAUCCUAUGAAGGCAUAUUAGCUUGGGUAACUGUGAAUUUUCUGACAGGUCAGCUGCAUGGCCGCCGCCAGGAGACUGUGGGCACCCUGGACCUCGGGGGGGCCUCUACACAAAUCACUUUUCUGCCACAGUUAGAGAAAACUCUGGAACAAACCCCUAGGGACUACCUCACUUCCUUUGAGAUGUUUAACAGCACUUAUAAGCUCUAUACACAUAGUUACUUGGGAUUUGGAUUGAAAGCUGCAAGAUUAGCCACCCUGGGAGCCCUGGAGACAGAAGGGAUUGAGGGACAGACCUUCCGAAGUGCCUGUCUGCCACCAUGGUUGGAAGCCGAGUGGAUCUUCGGGGGUGUGAAAUACCAGUAUGGUGGCAACCAGGAAGGGGAGGUGGGCUUUGAGCCCUGCUAUGCCGAAGUACGGAAGGUGGUACAAGGAAAGCUUCACCAGCCGGAUGAAAUCCAGAGAAGCUCCUUCUAUGCAUUUUCUUACUAUUAUGAUCGGGCUGCUGACACAGACAUGAUUGACUAUGAAAAGGGGGGCGUUUUAAAGGUUGAAGAUUUUGAAAACAAAGCUAGAGAAGUGUGUGAUAACUUAGAGAGCUUCACCUCAGGGAGUCCCUUCCUGUGCAUGGACCUCAGUUACAUCACGGCCCUGUUAAAGGACGGCUUUGGCUUUGCAGAUAACACUGUCCUGCAGCUCACCAAGAAAGUGAACAAUAUCGAGACAGGCUGGGCCUUGGGAGCCACCUUUCACCUGCUGCAGUCUCUGGACAUCUUCCACUGA